CCUUCUCUAGACUCUUUUCUCACUACGGGGCAUCCUCCGUCCGGCCAUGUACUCAUGGAAGAUUUCAAGGAUGAAGCAUUGGCAUUUCAAGCACAAAGACAGUUGAAUGGCCUACGGCUUCUGGGUAAGAUAUUAUCUGUUGAAAGAGCUAAUAAACAAAGUGAGGCUGACAAGCUUCCACCCAGUGCACCUGGGACUGGAAAGGACUCAAUCACUUUAAUCAAAGAUAGUGCUUCAUACAAAGAUCUUGAUGGAAGCUCACUCUCUUAUCGCCGCAAUGAACCUAUUGCCGAAAGACUUGGAGUGGACUAUCCAUUUCCUCCCCAUCUUGAGUCUUACACUUGAUGAACAAGAUGAAUAUCCCAGCUCCAUUCCGGACUGCAUUGCCCACUCCACCUUUGCCAACCCCACCAUCUUUCACCCCUCAACCUCCUCCACCGCCUCCUCCAACAGAUACCGGAACUAGAGCAGACAGUUUGCUGAGCAGUGAAUCAGAAAUGGAGUCUUCAGAUGAGGAAACUCCACGUGUUGGUGGCAUAAAAAGAAAGCGGAUGAAGCGAGAAGCUAUUGUAGGUCCUGCUGUGAACAAGGGCGUGGCUCAUGAGGCUGUUGGAUUGAAACCUGCAGUUUUGCUUCCAAAAGAAAUGCCAAUAGUCAAAAAGAAGAACCCUGUAUUGCAGAUCAAAAUAGCACCUAAACAGGUUCAUUCUGAACUGAUAAAUGAUGAUAGUAUAAGUGAGGUGCAUAGGGAAGAUGAAUUGACUUUAGAUAAUAAGGCUGUUCUGACUAUUGAAGAAUUGAAGAGUGGGAAAUUAGUUCCUGAAGAAAUUUUGUCGCUUCCAGUGUUCAAGAAUUAUUCUGUCGGGAAUCCUUCUUGUGUGCUGUACAUAAAAAAUUUGUCAAGAGAUGUCAUUCCUGAUGACUUCUACUUCAUUUUUGGAUCUUUCUUUGGAAGUAUUGAUGCUGCUAGAUCCAAUCUGACUGUGAAGUUAAUGCAGGAAGGAAGAAUGCGGGGUCAAGCUUUUAUUACAUUUCCGACUGUUGAACUAGCUCAGAAUGCUUUGAACCUGGUCAACGGAUAUGUGUUCAAAGGCAAGCCCAUUGUUAUUCAGUUCGGUCGUAAUGCUGCUGCCACAACCGGCUAGCUAGUGCAAUUUUCUUAAAAAUGAAAUUUUUUAGAGUUUGGCAUUCAAGACUUCAAUGGGAAAAGGGAUGAUGACAGUGGAAUGGAUCUUAUAUGCUUUUGUUGGGGAUUCUGUUAAUUGUAUUUAGCUAAGGCCAAUAUGUGAAGCCCGAUAUGUUGACCGAAGGAAGCCCAUGUGAUAUGGGUUGUGGGUAACCCGACCCGGAAGCGAAGCUCACCCGGAAUAGUUUGAAUGGAGUAGAUGUGCAAGGCUAGGUCAAUCGAGGGAGGCACCUCGUGCACUUCUAAUUACAACUCGUGAUUAGUGGAUCGUAACUAUCGAAUCCAUUUCCAUAUUCGUUUAUACCAUAGGGUGAUGCUAAAUCCACCCCCUAAUUCGCUAAAUCCACUACAUUUUUUAAAAAUGGACACUUUUGCCCUUUCGUUUGUCCCUUUAACAGAAAUGAGUGGAUAUAGCCAAAAAUGGUAUGAAUUUAGCAAUAACCUAUACUAUAUUGUAUGUUUUCACGGUCUACUGUUGUGCUCAGUAUAUUUAAGUCCGAUGUUUCUUGUUAAGUUGGCGGUUUUGAUUGAGGCAAGUGUAUUGAAAGGGUCGAAAUGCUAAUAUGAGUAUUUGGUUAAUGAUUUUUUGGCUUAAUGUUUUUAAUAUUGAGAAUGCUACAAGUAAUAAAAUUUUUCCAAUUGG